CAGGUCUAACUUUCCCCCAGUAGAUGGCGACAGAGGCCUUUGUUUUCAGCUGCAGAAGAAGAGGCUAACUAGCAAAACAACUGUAGCACUGAUAGCAAGCGCAGCUCGAAGGAGGGCGGCAUAUAUAUUUUUUCUGUAAUUGUGGAACAAACCAACAGGUACGCUGGAAUUUUCUGACACCCACUCGGACAUGUCCUAUGUCUUCAUCAACGACUCGUCGCAGACCAACGUGCCUCUGCUGCAGGCCUGCAUUGAUGGAGACCUGGCCUUCGCCAAGAGGCUCCUCGAGACGGGAUGCGACCCCAACAUCCGCGACAACCGGGGCCGCACCGGCUUGCACUUAGCCGCCGCCCGGGGCAACGUGGACAUAUGCCGACUGCUGCACAAGUUCGGGGCCGAUCUGCUGGCGACGGAUUAUCAAGGGAAUACAGCUCUGCAUCUGUGUGGGCAUGUGGACACUAUACAGUUCCUCGUAUCCAACGGGCUCAAGAUUGACAUCUGCAACCACAACGGGUCGACUCCGCUGGUGCUGGCAAAGAGACGCGGCGUCAACAAGGACGCCAUUCGACUCCUGGAGGGACUGGAGGAGCAGGAAGUGAAAGGAUUCAACAGAGGAGCCCAUUCCAAACUGGAAACCAUGCAAAUGGCCGACAGUGAGAGUGCCAUGGAGAGCCACUCCCUACUCAACCCCAACCUGCAGAACAGCGAGGGCGUCCUGUCCAGCUUCAGGACCACCUGGCAGGAGUUCGUGGAGGACCUGGGCUUCUGGAGGGUGCUGCUGCUGCUGGUGGUCAUCGCGCUUCUCUCCCUGGGCAUCGCCUACUACGUCAGCGGGGUCCUUCCCUUCUCCACCAGCCAGCUGGAGCUCGUGCACUGAGGCACAAGGUGGUGAAGAACAAGCAUGUUGUAGGAAGGUAGUAGAAUUAUCCAGUGAAGUUUUAUCCUCUAAACAGACCAGAAAUUCAGAUUAUUGUUCAUUUGCAGCCCGAGAUGUAUUUCUCAAAAUCAGUAAUCCAACACAACGGAGCGCACAUUUAAAAUACUAGUUUACAAAUGAACUUACAGGAGAAAAGUGUGUGGUGAUUAAGAAGACUCUGUUUUCAGCUGAUUCAGUGACUCAUACUAUAACGUAUUAGUGUUGCAGUCUUGUGCAUCUUUCUCCCUUCAAGCUCAGAUAACCUGGCUGCUUUUCAGAAGUGACUCAGAAAAUACCUUGCUCUCGCUUUGUUUAUUGCGAUUACGCAUUGACACUUUCAUUCAUACUGUGCUCUCUGUUACACGCUGUAUAUUGCUAAUGUUUUGUACAUUUUGUUUUCAGAGUUUUCUCACUUGUCUUUUUUCUCCUUUUAUAUUAUUUAUAUUACAUUUCUAUUAAUUUCUUUCCUACUGUACAUUGUCUCUGUUAAAUGUCGAGUGGAGCCAAUUUUGUUUUCUGUGUUGUGUUAUACAGAUUAGAAAAGCCCUUUGACUUCAUGUCAAGAACGUCACUAAGAACACGUUCCUGGAACCAUCAUAGAACGCUUAUGGUUGCAGAUCAUCUGUUGACACUUACUUUGUUGUACAUGUAUAUUCAUUUUUAUCCCUGUGAACCAUGUAGACUUACUUCUAAGUUUCCUGCUCUUUGUUUUCUAUGUACUAUAAGACAUUUGAAGUAAAUCCUAAGUUAAUAUGGAAGAUGAAUAAAACCAUGUGUAUGUGUGGUUCUAAUGACCAAACGGA